UGAGGGCAAUCCUGUUUGAUAUAUUGUUUAUUAUUAGGUGGCAUCUUUGUUUGUUCGAAAUGUUGCUAGUAUCUAUGUUUAUUAAAGAGGGGAAAAAACUUACGGUUUCUUGUAUAUUAAAGUCAAUAAUUUAUGUAAAGCUAAAUUAAAUACAUUGGAAUUGUCCAUUUUUUAAAUAAGUAACUUGUUACAAAGCAACCAUUUCUAAAGUCUGUUUUGUCACGUAAUUGUUAAAGUCAACUUGUCCUCGUUUUAUAUUGCCUACAAGAGAUCGACCGAGUAAGUUUUGUUUAAUCUUAAGAUACUUUAUAAAUAAUAAUUACUUAAUUUUAGAGAAUAAACUGAGCCUUUGCCAAAAUUAUACUGUUGUUUAUUCUUGCCGACCUUUUAUUAAAACGAGUGACAACUUUAUUCUUCGUCAGCCUUAUGAAACAAUUAAUUUGCCAUUUGCCUUAUGUCGGAUCCUGCCCCAUUUAGAAGAAGUAAUAGAGAUACCAAAGGAGUGCCGCCAGCCCGUUAUAUAAUGGAAUCGCAGAAUGAAGCCAACAAUUUGCAUACUCCAAGGAGUGCAGCUGCACCAAAUAUUCAAACGGGUACACCUAGACAACCAGAUGCUUUAAGACAGCCACAUGAAGUCUUACAAAAUGAAGUAAACAAUUCGCAGACACCAAAAAAUACUACUCCAUCUAACGUACAAACAGGUUCGUGUAAGAAACCACCAGAUGCUUCAAAGCAAAUCGCUGAAAUACAGAGAGAGUUUCAGCGCCAAAUGACGUCUCUUCAAAGUCUAAUUAUCGCCAACAAUAAUCAGACGAAAGCUACAGUUGGAGAAUUAAGACAAGAAAUUCAAACCAUUGCCAAAGCAAUACCACCGACAACAACACCAGUAUCUGAUAAUACUCCUCGAAAUAAUGGUCAAGAAACGGGUGAGUCCUAUUCUAAUUUAUCUUUUCAUAGUCAAAACUGCCAACCUACCAAAUCAAAGAAAAUAUAUCCCCUUCCUAAAUUUGAAGGCCAGCCUGAAGACUGGCAAAUGUUUUACGAAGAUUUUAUUGCCACUACUCAAGAAUUUGAAUAUACUGAUCUUCAGAACAUCAUUAGAAUUCGUGAAGCUCUUACGGGACCCGCACGAGAAACCGUGGAAUGCCUUCUUUCCAGUUCAAAAAACGUGAGUGCCAUAAUUGAAACAUUAAAAGAAACAUUUGGACGUCCUGAAAUGCUAAUAAAAAGCCAGAUUCAAAAAGUGAGGUUAUAUCCGAACGUUCCCGAUGGUAAAUUGGACCAACUUAUAGGUUUUGCCAAUAAAGUUAACAACAUGGCCACAUUUCUGAAGUCAGUAGAAGGAGAACACCAUUUAUAUAAUCCAUCGCUGUUGAGCGAAUUAGUUUCAAAAUUGUCAACAACUAAACAAAUGCAAUGGGCAGAAAAAUGUUUAAGUUUAAAUAAGACAGCCAAUAUUAUUGAUUUUAGUAACUGGCUGAACUGUAUGAGAAAACUUGCUAACAUGGUAUCUGAUUCGCUUCCAACUUCAUUGCAAGAUAGCUCCAACCGCAAAUCAUAUAAUCAACAACCUGCAUCACAAAAAACAAACAAAUAUGCAAUGCUUAGCAUGGCCCACAAACCGUGUUUUAUUUGUGAUGGUGAAUGUGCGGACAUAUGUAAUUGUGAAAAGUUUUUGAGCAUGGAAGUAGAUGAUCGCUGGAAAAUUGUAAAAGAAUUACACUUGUGUUUUUGUUGCUUAAAACCGAAUCAUCAAUUAAAAUCCUGUUACGCCAAACAUGUGUGUGGUAUAAAUAAUUGUCCUCAAAAACAUCAUAAUCUCCUACAUAAUAUUAGCCGAGAAAUGCCCACAAGUUCAUCAACUAUUUCAUCCGCCGUUAAUUGUCAUGUAGACUGCCAACUUGAUAAUGUUUUGUUCCAGAUAAUCCCAAUAAAGCUUUACAAUAAUGGAAAAGAAGUGUCUAUUUACGCCUUUAUAGAUGAUGGGGCUAAUGCAACAAUUCUAGAUUGGGAUAUUGCUCGUCAGCUAGACCUACACGGCACAACAGAUACGCUAAAGCUGCAAUGGUUAAAUGGUCGCUCGUCUAGUGAAUCCACAGAAAUUGUUGAUGUUUAUGUAAGCGCUAUUGACGAUAAUAAAAAUAAAUAUGAAAUGAAAAGAAUUUACUUGUCAAAAAAUCUAGAAUUGCCAACCCAAUCGAUUGUUAAAAAUCAGCUGACUGUUAAUUAUCCCCAUUUGACAAAUAUACCAAUUAACGAAUACAUUUCAAUAAGACCAAAAAUGAUAAUAAGUAUUGCUCACGCAUUUUUAACAGUUCCCAAUGAAGUUAUAGAAAAUCCAUCGUAUUUUGGUCCGAUUGUUAUAAAAUGUAAAUUGGGAUUAAUUAUUUAUGGUCCCGUGAAAAAUUGUGAUUCAAAGGCCAAGCAAGUAUUUUGUACAAAUGCAGUAAAAAAUAAAACGGCAGAUGAAGAAAUAAAAGAUAUGAUGUAUAAUUACUUUGAAGUUGAAUCUUGUGGUGUGAAAAGUAAUAUUAAAACAAUUUUGUCAAGUGAACAUGAAAGAGCAUUAGAUAUAAUGAACACAACAACAAAGUUCAUUGGUGAUCGUUAUGAAUGUGGCUUAUUGUGGAAAACUAACGAUAUCUCGUUUCCACCAACUUAUGAAAUGGCCCGAAAAAGAUUAGAAUUAACAGAAAACAAAUUUAAAAGGGAUGAUGUAUAUGCUAAGAAAUACUGUGACAAAAUUGAAGAUCUGUUUAAAAAGGGAUAUGCCAGACGGUUAAGCCAAUCAGAGCAAGCAAUUACACCAAAAGCCUUUUAUUUGCCUCAUUUUGCCGUUAAAAACCCAAACAAAGAUGAUAUUCGCGUCGUUUUUGAUGCUGCAUCCAAAGUCCAUGGAAUUUCUUUAAAUGAUGCACUUCUUUCUGGCCCUGAUUUAAACAAUUCACUUAUUUCAGUAUUGUUUAAAUUUAGAGAAGCACCGGUAGCGGUUUGCGGAGAUAUUCGUGAAAUGUUUUUGCAAGUAGCCAUAAAGAAUGAUGACAUAAAUUCUCAAAGAUUCUUGUGGAGAGGUUUAGAUUGUAAUGAUUCCAUACAACAUUGUGUUAUGACAAGAAUGAUAUUUGGCGCCGCUUGCUCUCCUACUAUAGCUCAAUUUAUUAAAAACAAAAAUGCCCAGACAUUUUCGGAAGUAAGCCCAAGAGCCGAGGAUGCUAUAAUUUAUCGUCAUUAUGUAGAUGAUUACGUGGAUUGUUUCCAGUCAGAUUCGGAAGCAAUCGAGGUUGUAACAGAGAAUGUUAUUGACGCAUUUCAUGGCUCUAAUGUACGUUCAGUAGAUGUGUCAACGGAUGGAGUCGAAAGAAUAUUAGGUUUGCAUUGGAAUCCAAUUACUGAUGAAUUUGUUUUUAUUUUAAAAUUUCAUCGAAUAACUGAAGAUAUUAUUGAAUUACGUCGCAAACCAACGAAAAGAGAAAUGUUAAGUGUAAUUAUGUCUAUUUUUGAUCCGUAUGGUUUUUUGGCAAAUAUUACAGUAGCGGGAAAAAUUCUGAUGCAAACACUAUGGAAAUACGAUUUAAACUGGGACGAUGAAAUACCGGAUUGUUUGAAUGGUAGGUGGGUUGCUUGGCUGUGUGAAAUAAAGAAGGUAAAGGACUAUAAAAUAUCUCGUUGCCAUUUUUAUAAUUUUUGUAAUACUGUUAAUGAGUUACAUUUGUUUAGUGAUGCUAGCGAACAGGCCAUGGCGGUUGUCGGUUACUGGCGAAUAAAAACAAAUACUGGUUAUAAAAUUUCAUUUGUUUGUGGUAAAACUAAUUGUGCACCGACAAGAUAUCACUCAAUACCAAAACUGGAGCUUCAAGCCGCUGUUAUAGCUGUUCGACUUCAAAACCAAAUAAUUAAUCAUUAUUGUGUUAAACCUGAUCGUGUGCAGUUCUGGACAGAUUCUCAUACAGUAAUGAGAUGGAUAAAAUCUGAUUCACGAAAAUAUAAACAGUACGUAGCGAAUCGAGUUGGUGAAAUUUUAGAAGCUACGACAGUGGAUAAUUGGCGGUGGUUACCGGGAACUGAAAAUCCUGCCGAUGAUGCAACGCGGUCAAAACCAAAAUUUGAAUUUGAUAGUCGGUGGAAAAAUGGACCAGAAUUUUUGUAUCUUCCAGAAAAUUUGUGGCCUUCAAUGAAUGAUACUUCUUACCAUUUAGAACCUGAGUUAGAACUUCGAAAUAAAUAUGUCUUAACAUCUGUGGUAUGUUCACCUUUAUUUGAUUUUAAUCGAUAUUCUAAUUUUCGUAGAUUGAAAAGAGCCAUGGCUUGGAUAAUGAGAUUUAUUAAUAAUUCAAAAAUAUCUGAAAAUAACGGUAGAAUCAAAGGCGAAUUAUCAGUUGAAGAAGAAGAUCACGCUGAAAAGAUUUUGUGUCGUAUGGUACAGCAAUCAACAUUUCGUUCUGAAUAUAAAUGCCUCCAAAUGAACAAACCUAUUGAGGCUCGAAGUGAUUUAAAAACGUUGUGCCCAUAUUUGGAUGAUUUUGGGUUGCUUCGUGUGUAUGGACGUAUCGAUAAUGCACCAUUUGUUGCCAUGGGUACAAAAAGACCGUGUAUAUUGCCAAGAAAACACCGGUUCACAGAAUUGUUGGUUUCGUGGUAUCAUCAUAGAUUCAACCAUAUUAAUGUCAACACGGUAAUAUGCGAAAUAAGGCAUAAAUUUUGGAUUCCAUCAAUCAGAAGUGUAAUAAAUAAAGUUCAAACAAAAUGUUGUAUAUGUAAAAUUCGUAAAUCAAAGCCUAGUCAACCAAUAAUGGGGCCAUUACCAAUUGACCGUGUCACACCGUUCUUGAGGCCCUUUUCAUAUACGGGUCUUGACUAUUUUGGGCCGGUUGAGGUUACUAUAAGACGUCAAAGAGAAAAAAGAUGGAUUGCGCUAUUCACUUGCCUUACGGUCAGAGCAGUGCAUCUGGAAAUCGCUACAAAUCUCUCUAGUGAUGCUUGUUUAAUGUGUAUACGAAAUUUCGCUAAUCGCAGAGGAGUGCCAAUACAAAUAAGGAGUGAUAAUGGAACAAAUUUUGUAGGCCUCCAGAAAGAAUUACAUGGUGAGAGGAAUUUUUGGGAUAAUGAAGUCAUUACUGCUGGCCUUGCUCCUCUUGGCAUAAAAUGGAAAUUUAAUACACCAUCUGACCCAUCUGCUGGUGGAGCAUGGGAGAGAUUGGUUCAAUCAGUAAAAAGAGCUUUAUACGCAAUGUUAAAAGAACAUGCCCCACGCUUAGAAACUCUAUACAGUCUGUUGGUAGAGACCGAAAAUAUGGUGAAUUCAAGGCCACUUACUCAUAUUCCGAUAACACCUAACGAGCCCGAGCCACUAACACCAAAUCAUUUUAUAGUUGGAUGUACCAGUUCAACCCAAACUCCCGCAGAAUAUGAACAUCGUAUUUGCGCAUCAAGAAAACAGUGGCGUAUACUGCAAAAUCUAAAGAAUGGAGUAUGGAAGCGUUGGAUAAAAGAGUAUCUCCCAGAACUUACACGCCGUUCUAAAUGGUUUGCCCCAUCCAGUCCGUUAUGUUCUGGAAGCCUUGUGUUAAUUUGCGAUGUGAAUGAACCCCGCUCAAAGUGGAAGAGAGGAAGAGUUUUAAGAUUAAUAUUUGGUAAAGAUGGAGUUGCCCGUUCCGCAGAUAUACGUACAUCAACAGGAGUUUUAAGUAGACCGAUCAACAAGUUAGCUGUACUAGAUGUAGCGGAUGGAUGUAGUGAAUCUCAGCCCAUGAAGUCGAUUCACGGGGGCGGGGAUGUCGUUGAGGGCAAUCCUGUUUGAUAUAUUGUUUAUUAUUAGGUGGCAUCUUUGUUUGUUCGAAAUGUUGCUAGUAUCUAUGUUUAUUAAAGAGGGGAAAAAACUUACGGUUUCUUGUAUAUUAAAGUCAAUAAUUUAUGUAAAGCUAAAUUAAAUACAUUGGAAUUGUCCAUUUUUUAAAUAAGUAACUUGUUACAAAGCAACCAUUUCUAAAGUCUGUUUUGUCACGUAAUUGUUAAAGUCAACUUGUCCUCGUUUUAUAUUGCCUACAAGAGAUCGACCGAGUAAGUUUUGUUUAAUCUUAAGAUACUUUAUAAAUAAUAAUUACUUAAUUUUAGAGAAUAAACUGAGCCUUUGCCAAAA